UCCAGUGAAUUGAACAGGGGGAAAAAAAGCUUUUCCUUUUGAAAGAUCUCCAAGUAUUUGAAAAAUGCAUUGACCUCUGCUUAUGAUCUUCGAAUGCAUUGACCUUUGAUUAUGAUCUUCGAUCAAUUCCAGCGAUAGAGAUUGAGAUGCUAUUGCUAAGCAUAAUGAGCAGGUCUCGAUUGGAUUCCAUCCUCUCCACGUUCGUCUCCGUUCACCCUCACGAAGUCUCAUCUCUGUUUCACUCUUCCUCUUGUUUCUUCUUCAUUUUGAGCGCGUAUUUUGUGGUGUUGCCAUUGCGGGACGAGGGAGCGAUCUCGCUGGGGUUAUCGAAUCUACCUGGUUUGUUUGUUGGAUCCUUAGCUCUCACGUUGGUUGCUGCUCCUUUAUCCACUUUCAUUUUCUCCUUGCCUAAUUUGUCUAAAGCAAAGGCUUUGCUUUUGAUACACAGAUUUUUUAGUGUAUCGCUUGUUGUGUUCUUCUUUCUCUGGAAUUCCUCAUCAGGCGGAAUUUCCCCAUUCAAAACCAAGGGUAAAGUUUCAAUAUCCACUGAAUCAAAGGAGUAUCUAAAGGAUGAUGUCAAUGAAAUUGGUUCACCUGCAUAUUCUAGCAGUUGGAGCGACCUUGGAUGGUUUUACAUUUCUGUGAGAAUUGCAUUGUUCCUCUGGGUUGCUCUACUUAAUCUUAUUACCAUUUCUUCAACCUGGGCGAGAGUAAUCGAUGUGAUGGAUAGUGAGUCAGGCUCAAGAUUGUUUGGGUUCAUUGGGGCCGGUGCUACACUUGGCCAGCUUUUUGGUUCAUUGUUUGCCACGGGAAUGGCUUGGAUGGGACCAUUUCUGCUUUUGUUUGCUGCUUUGUUGAUGGAACUUGCUGCACAGUCAUCAAAAGGGAUCAAGAAAGAUAUGUCCCAACUUCCUGAAGAAUUAUCUCCCAUAAGAAAGGCUGAUCCUGAUCAACAAAGUAAGGAUGAUCAAAUGACAUCAGCUUCUUUCAAAGUUCUGUGUCCCAAGUCACCUACAUCUACAGUGAAGCCUCGGUUUUUAGCCAUCUUAGAUGGAUUUUGGCUUAUAUUAUCUUCAACUUAUUUAUUGUAUGUGUCCUUAUUCCUGUGGCUGAGUGCAGUUGUCUCCUCAUUCUUCUACUUUCAGAAGGUGACUGUAAUUGCUAUAACUGUUACAAGUUCUCUUGGCAGAAGAAGAUUGUUUGCACAGAUAAAUAGCUUUAUUGCUGUUUUUAUCCUUGCUGGACAACUUACGCUAACGGGGCGCAUCCUUACUGUAGCUGGGGUUACAACAGCUAUAUGCUCUGCCCCAGUUGUUGCCUUCUUAAAUUUGGUUGCUGUUGCCGUUUGGCCAACUUGGAUAGCAGUUGCCAUCUGUGAGACUUUAAGAAAGGUUGUCACUUAUGUAGUGACCAGGCCAGGAAGAGAACUACUCUUUACUGUCGUCUCAGAGGAGGAGAAAUACAAAGCAAAGGUGUGCAUAGAUGUAAUUGUUCAACGGCUUGGAGAUGCUACAGCUGCAGGAAUGUAUAAGCUACUAUUCAGCACUCUUCAUGAAAAAGCCUCAACUGUCUCCCUUUAUGCCUUGCCUGUCUGUUUAAUGUGGAUAGUUACAGCAUUCCAUUUAGGAAGGCGACAAGCACGACUUGCCAAGCUCCAGAAUGUCUGAAAUUCCCGAAUCUUUUCCUGAACGGCAGUUGUGUACAGCUUUUGUUUAAGAGAUGCAAAGAUCAAUCAAUCAGUUUUUUUUUUUUUUAAAGUACAGUCACCAUUAUGCUAGCAUUAGACAUUGAUAGGUGGAGAUUGCUUCUGAGUCAAAUGUCUUCUGCUGCCAUUUUCCAUUGACUUAAUCGAUAACCAUGUUCAAUACCAAGACACUUCAGUUGCUGUUUACUCUAGGCUACUCUUGGAUUCCAUUUAGCUGGAACGAGGUUGUUAUGUAAAGUGCUUCCCUUGCAGCCACAUGUAUGGUGUUGGCAUGCACUGAAGUAGUUCCUAUUAAGUGGUAACCUUAGACUCGAGAAGCAUAUUUCCCUGAGUUACCAUACUGAUGACAUCGGUUGCAAUGAUUCAGAAAUCUAGGAUACAAAAUUUUAUAUUCUCAGUUCAGGGGACACUCCAGCCCCACAAUAAAAGCUGAAAUCAAUGAAGUGCGGUUUUUGCGUUUUUCUUCAAUUUUUUUUUUUUUAGCAUUUUGCCGGUUAUCAACUUGUAAUCUUUAAAGAAACAUUCGCAGCUGACAGUAGGCUAGAAAUUGCUGGCAUAGACUAUUGUAUUGGAUUAGGUAAUUUAGACUAGCAUUACUGAUAUCUUAUGUUCUGCAAUUCAGUAAUAAGAAGAGUAUUUGACUGUUUGAUUGCA